AUGGGAAGCAACUGCUGUAAGUCCGAUCCGGGUAAUAAAAUAUAUAGCACUGUGUCAUCUAAUUCGUCUGUUUAUUUGAAAAGGACACGGGAUGGCAAGCCAAUAACAAACUCAGAGAAAUUCAAAGUCACAAAAACAAAGAAUGCAAUUCAGUUAGCAAUACAACAUGUGCAGCGUGAUGAUGCCGGUCACUAUACACUUUAUGCAAAGACAGAUACUGGAGAGACAGCGCAAAAAGACAUUGAAUUGUUGGUUGAGGAUCGUUCGUUUGGUGAUAAUCCGCCUGUUUUCCUAAGACGCCUCAAUGAUCUCGCGGUUAAAGUUGGCACACGAACGCGCUUAUUGGUGGAAAUAAGAAGUGCAACUGAUGUUCGUGUGACAUGGUAUCGAAAUGAUAGGAGGAUUUGUGAAAAUGAUCGAAUUAAUUUCGUCAAUGAAGGUUCUUUCUACUGUUUAGAGAUCUCAUCAAUUACUUUAGAUGAUGGUGGAAAAUGGAUGUGUAUGGCUGAGAAUCUGGGUGGGAGAAAUUCAUGUUUGGCUACAUUAAAUGUUUUAGUACCAAAAGCUUAUAAAGCUCCAGAAUUUGUUGAGGAACUUCGUGCACUUCUCACAGAACAAGGAACAGUAUCAUUAGAAUGCAAAGUCGUAGGUGUUCCAACUCCAAUUCUUCGAUGGUUUAAAGAUUCAAAAGAAAUAAAGGCUGGUGACGUUUUUGCAUUAACAGCAAAUCCUGAUGAUUUAACGUCACUUGGAACGUAUACAUGUGAAGCUGUCAAUUGCAUGGGUAAAACUUAUUCAAGCUCUAAGCUUCACAUAUCAGGAAAAACAAGUCGAGAAAGUUCUUUGCAACCGUCUACUAAGCUUCACGGACCACCCCCAAUUUUCACAUCAGAAUUGAAAAAUAUUAAUUCGAAAAUCGGAGACUCAAUAACAUUAGGAUGUCAGGUGAUGGUUCCACCAUGGCCAAAAUCUGUCACAUGGUAUAAUAAAGAAGGUAAAAUUGAAUCAAGUGAGAAGUACAAAUUAAUAGAGGAUGGAAUGGGUUCAUAUAUUCUUGAGAUAAAGCCGGCCGAAUACAGUGACGAAGGUGAAUGGAAAUUUGUGGUUGCAAGUAAUGAAGGAACAGUUUCAAUAUCAACAUGCUCAGUUCAUAUGGAUAUACCAAAAAAUUACCGCAAACCACGUUUUAUGGAAAAUUUAAAAGCAAUUUUGACUGAAGAGGGUCUUGUGUCAUUCGAAUGUAAAGUCGUAGGUUUUCCCACUCCAUUACUACGGUGGUUCAAAGAUGGCCACGAACUAAAGCCGGGAGAUGUUUAUCAAUUAACCGGAACAAAUUCAUUGGGUUCAUACAGUUGUAUUGCUAGAAAUUGUAUGGGAGAAGCGUGCAGUUCUGCUGUGUUAACUCUUGAAGAUAUUCAAAAUCAACUUAAUGAAAAUGAAAGAAUUGAGCUACAACAAAAGAAUCAACCACCAAAAUUCAUCAAAGGUCUGAUGAGUUGCGAUACUAAAAUCAAUGAAGAAUUCAAAUUUACUGUACAAAUUAAAGCAACAACAGAGCCUGUAUUUUCGUGGUAUCGUGAUGAUUUACCAGUUGAUAAGACCAAUGAACGAUAUGAAAUUUGUACAGAAAAAAUUGGAUUUUGCCACUUGACAAUUAAAUGUGUAGAAUUUGUUGAUCAGGCUGAGUGGAAGUGUGUUGCAACGAAUGAAUUUGGACACUCAACAUCAACAUGCUUCCUAAAACUUCAAAUUCCUAGACAUUAUAAAAAGCCUAGAUUUUUAGAAUGCCUUCGUGCUGUAUUGACAGAGGAAGGUGCCGUAAAUCUUGAAUGCAAAGUUAUUGGUGUUCCACAACCAACACUUCGAUGGUUUAAAGAUGGUGUUGAGUUAAAGCCAGGUGAUAUUCAUCGUAUUAUAUCUGGCAAAGAUGGUGAAUGUAGUCUUGGAACAUAUACAUGUGAAGCUCGUAAUUGCAUGGGUGUAGUUACAAGUUCAGCAACACUUCUUGGUUAUGAGGAGAACUAUAAAAGCAUUCCUAAACCAGAACCAGCUAAUAUAUUACAAAGACAUUUAUCACUUUCGACAAUUCAUGAAGAGCGAACAUCACAGCUCUAUGACACGCCAAUGGGUGACAUCACAGUCGAUGAAAAAGGUGAUGUUUCAUUUUCAUUCGAUGGAAAGGAAGUUUCAGUCUCAUUAUAUGAAACACCCGACUUAACGGAAGAGGAAGCACUGCAAAUCGUUGAAAUGUAUGCUGAUCAGAUUUCAGAGCAUGUUACAGAACAGAAUAUUGUUGAAUUACCGCCAUUAAGAUUUGUAAAGGAAACGACACAAUCAGGAAAUCUGCUUAUGGAGGCUGUUGUAAUCGACGUUUCACCUGAUUACUUCCCGCCAGAGGAAGAUAUGAGAACGGAAGCAGAUAUGGAAGAUAUUUCUGUUGUAGAUGCCAUGUCACAAGCUUUCGAGGAUCCGCUAUCCGAGCAAUCAAUGUCAAAACGACGACGAAAGGAAGAAUCGCUAAAAAGCGGUGAAAUGGAAGAGUUUUUCAGUUUGUCACAAUCAAAACAAACGAAACUAUUAUCGAUUUUGGAAAAUUAUGUCGUAGAAGAAGCACAUAGUGAUGAGGAAAUCACAGAAACUGAUUUGCAAACAUUUGAAAGUGCUAAAAGUUCUGAAAAAGGAGAUUCAGAUAAGCAAAAGAAAAUUAUCAAAUCUGAUGAUUCCUUACAAGAACAACCACCGAAACUACCACCAAGAAAGAGACCAACUCUAGACAGUAAAGACGAGGAUUCAAUUUACUUACAAGAUAUCUCUGGUGAGCAAGGAGAUGGACUUAAAACACAAACGAAAAAGAAAAUUGAUGUCAAAACAAUUAUUACUAACAAAUCAAUAAUCGAAAAAGUCAUUAAGACAGUUAUAAUUAUCAAACAGCAUUUAAUUGCAGUUGAAAAUGAGGUCAUUGCACAAUCAUCACUAAUGAUGUCACCAACAUCGGGUGACAGCAGCAUUGGUAUUGUUAAGAGUGUACUUGAGCCAAUUAAUGCAAUUGAAUGUAAAGUCAAUGAGUAUAAUGGAGAACGAAAUGUUGACAAUUUAAUAGAAAAUUUAAUGCCGGACUUGAAGAGUUUGAAUCACGGAUUGAGUAUCAUUGAAAAAUGUGUUGAAAUGGAUUCAGAAGGGAAAACAUUAGUACAACGUACAAGUGUUUGUGUAAUUGAGAGCGUUGGCAUACAAAUGUUAGCAUUUUUAGAAAGCCUCAAGCAAGUGUGCCUACAUAAUGUCCAAGGAUCCUUACAGAAUGAAUCUCUGUUAAUAAUUAAUGACAUGCAAACUGGAAUUCACAUAACUGAAGAUACAAUUAAGUCACAAACUCUUAUACAAGAAGCAUCAGCACUUGAAGCAUCACAAAGAGUUUCUGAGACUGUAGCACAAAUGCAGCAAAAUGUUCCAGAAACGGUACCACUAGAAGUUGUUACAACAACAGAACUACCAAAGGAAGCAAACUCAUUCAAGUUACUCUGUCGUUAUAUUCUCAAAUUUCAAGAGAUUCUUGAGACUUCUCAACAAAGUGACGUGAAGAAAGAAACAUUGGUUGAAAUACAGAAGCCUAUUAUCGACAUUCAAAAUGAAAUUCAUUUAAUCGAAGAAAAAAUAUCAAAGAACAGCUUAAAAGAUACAAUUGAAGAGAAAAUUUCAUUUAAAAUUCUCGAUACAGUCUCACCACCACUUUAUGAACUCAAUAAAUGUUUCGAAGCAAUCACUAAAAAUGUCGAGAGUGGAAAUAAAAGCCCAAAAAUUCUCGAUCCAUUUAUUCUUCCGCUCCAAGAAAUUCAGACAGGCCUCGCACUCAUAGGACAUGAAAUCGAUAGUGGAUUCAUAAAGAAGGAAUCUCCCAUUGAUACGGAAGAUAAUCAAAAGUUAAUUAAGAAUGUAUCACAAAAUGUCAUUUACGUUGAGAGUAAUAUUGAAAAUAUUCGAGAUGUUACAAGCACAACUGUAUACGAUUCAUUAAUUCAAUUGAAAAUAACAAUUUCUACUCUGGUUGAGAAAAUUAUUCGGGAGCCUAGGACGAAAGGAAAUUUGCAAAUCAUUUGGGCAUUAAAAAUUCCGCUUGAAGAAUUAAAUUAUUGUUUUCGACAUAUUGAAGAACGUUCUACAUCCGGAAGUUUAAGAGAUCUCCUUGAUCCAUUAAAUAGUCUAAAGGAAAAUAUGGAAGUUGUGGAAGAAAAGUUAAGACAAAUGAGAGUAUCAUGCAAUGUGGAAGAUAUAAAGAAAAUUAAGAACUUAGUAGACCAAUGUGAUGCGGAAAUUCAACUUUUUGACAUCAUUCAGCUUGAUCAUCAAGAGAGAAUAAAUCAGCAAAGAAUGUCAGAGCAACAACUUUCUGAACAUACUAACCAUCUCUCGGAAAUGCAACAACGAAGCAAUUGGACUCAAGAAAAAUGCGACGUUCUUUCAAAUGUUCACCAAAACAUUGUAAAUAUACAGGAAAUAAUUGGAUAUGAAAACAAUAAAUCGUUUAGUGAACAAUUGUCGACAUUAAAGACCCUCGCCGUACCAUUACGAGAGUUAUCAAGACAAAUUGCAAAUAUUCGUGAAGAAAUUCUUCUCGAAAAUGUUAACGAUAUCUCAAUUAAUGAUUAUAAAGCUAUUCUUAAGCUCGCCAAUCCAAUAAGAGAAAUUUGUCAGCAAUUGGCAGUCAUCACAAAAACAAGCACUUUCGAAACAGCACAAAUAUUUUCCUCAAAAUCGGAUCAAGAAAGUUUAAAAUCUCUUGCUGUUUCAUUUGCAGAUCUUCGGAAUUGUAUUGCUUCAAUACAGCAUGAGUGCACUACACUUCAUGAGAUUCAAGGAGAGAUUACUCAUCCGCAUAUAAGCUUAAAGACUGCACGUCCAUUAGAAGAAUUGAGGCUGUGUGUAGAGGAAAUAAUUCACAAUAUUGUUGAGCCUGACGAAAUAUCUACGACAUUGGAUGAUAUCUCAGUCAUGAAAACCUUGUCAGAAAUGUCAGAUGAAGUGAAGGUCGAAAGUUCAUAUAAUAAAGUCAAGGUUACAGAAACCAAGGUUGAAACAGCAUACAUAGAAGAAAAGAAAGAGGAAAAAGUUAUUGAAAACAUGCAACUUGAUGUGGACGCUUCUGACAUUGAUGAGAAAAAAUCAAGAGAAAAUCAACAACAUGUUGAUAUUAAAACGGAUGUUGAGACAACUAAAAAUAUUGAGAAGGAAGACGAAACUUUAAAAGAUGCAACAGAAGAAUUCAAGUCCAAGGAGCAAAAGUUCUCUAUAGAUAUUCAAACUCAUUUACUGAAAAUGAAAGAGGAUAUGGAAACAGUUAUGAUUGCUGUUCAGAAUAUGCGACGACCAACUCCUGAAGUUCAGACAAUUGAGAAGGAAUUAAAAAUUGUUCUUAAUCAUGUUUCAAACUUACCAAAUAAUGUGAAUGAAAUGGAAAAAAUUAUUGAAAUCAUUGAAUUGGCUGAAAAGUCUAUUUCAAUUAGAAAAACUUCGGAUGUUAUUUUAGUAAAGUAUAAUUUAGAGUCAUUAAAGAAAACACUUAAAAUUAUAAUAGAAACAAUUUAUCCUGACCACGUUGAAAAGACGGAUAAAGUGCAAGAAAAAAUGGAAGUAAUUACAGAAAAAGUUGAUUUAAUUGAAGAGAAAAUAGAACUCACAGAUGUGGAAAUGAUGGAUGCUACAAAAGUCAAAAAGCUAGAUAUUCUUCCACAACCAGAAAAAGAUAUAAACAUCACUAAAGCUGAAAAUCAAGUUAAAAAGGUAAAAAUUCUCAUCAAAAAAAAUAUCUCAACAAUUCCCGAGCUACAAGGAGUUGAGCAAGAGCUUGAGUUUACAUUUGAAAAUCUUGCCGAAAUAACAAACAAUCCAGAUAAAUUGGAUAGAGCUAUUGAAGUCAUUAAUGUGGCAGAAUCAAAAUUGAUCACUGCAAAUUCACCAGAAUUAGUUGAAAUUCGAGAAUGUUUUGCAACAUUAAAGCAAAUUCUGAUUACUUUUAAGAGUUCUAUAAGUGCACAGCAAGUCAAAAUUGAAGAUAUCAAUAAACAAGUUGAAAACUCCCAAGUGAAUCUUACUAUGAAAUCUGACGAUUUAAAGAUAGUAGAAUCUGGAGAUGCGAGAAUUGAAAAUAUUAUUGAAUCGAACGGAAAAACUAAGUUGAAAGAAGAAAAUUUGCUUAUUGAAAUAGCUGAAAAAAUUGUUGAUCAAUCAGUAACAGUGAAUAUUGAAUCCAAAACUUUAGAAAUUGUUGAAAUUAAGGCAGAAAAUCUAAAAAUAAUUGAAGAAGAUGAUCCACGAACUGAUGCAACUGUUGUUGAACCUGUUCAAAAUAUAUUAAUCGACGAAGUUAAAGAAUCUAAUCCUGAAUCUAUAGAAACGGGUAGUGAAAAAAGACAAUUUGAGAAUUUGAAUGUAACAGAAGAACAAGUACGAGAAACAGUUUCUGAAGUUUUAGUCAAUAUUUCUGAUGAAAGUGAAAAACAGGAAGAAAUUAAAGAAUUAACAGAAAAUGUACAAGAAAUUAAAGAAGUCAAAGAGUGUACUGAAACUGAAAUUCAAGAAGAACCUCAAACAGGAAAUCAAAAAAUUCUGCCUGCAAUUCAGGAAUGCCUCACAAUAACGAAAGAAAAUAUUGAAACAGUUUUCAUUUCAAUCAAGAAAGUUCGUCGUCCUACGAAUGAAUUACAGGCUGUCGAAAAAGAACUAUCGAUAAUCUUUGAAAGUAUUUCGGAAUUAUCACAAAACCAACAGAAAAUUGAAAAAGUAAUUGAGAAAGUCGAGAUAGCUGAAUCAUCAUUGGUUACAAGAAAAACCAGCGAUAUCGUGAUUAUGAAAGAAAAUUUACUUGUCCUUAAAAAAUCUUUAAUAGCUCUGAAUGAUUUAAUUAAAUCUCAAAAAGAUACGGUAAAAGAUAUUGAUACUAAACCACAAAAUGUGAAAACUGAAAUAAUCGAAAUCAAAGAAGUGCUUGAAAUUCUUGAAGAAGAUAAGAAUGUUAAAUUUGAGGAAGUUAAAGCAAGCCAUAUCGAAUCUCAUGAAAAGAAAGGGGAAAUUGAAAAACCUGAUUUAAGCGAACCAAAGGAAAGUAAUAUUAAAUUUUUACAAUCAGAAAUUCAGGAGAAACUGACACCUACAGAAGAUAAAUUAGGACCAGAAAUUGAACAAUGUCUCUUAAAAACCAAAAAUGCAAUUGAAACUGUUACUUCAUCUAUUAAAAAAGUACAAAGAAUCACGCCUGAGCUAAAGUCAGUUCAAGGAGAAUUAAAUGUUAUGCUCGAAAGUGUAACAGAACUUACAGAAAAUGUUCAAAAUGUGGAGAAAAUAAUUGAAUCAAUCGAGAAAACAGAAGCAUCACUAGUUGCUAGAAAAACAAGUGACGUUGUACUUGUAAAAGAAAACUUAUCAAAUUUGAAACAAUGUUUGUUUGCAUUAACCAAUAUUGUAAAGUCUCGUCAAUCAGAAAUCAUUGAAGCAAAACCUCAACUUGCUGAUCUAAAAAUUUUUGAAUCUUCUGAAGAAUUAAAGAUUGUCGAAUCUAAUGAAUGCAUUGCUGAGAAAAUUCAAGAAGAAAUUGUUGAAAAAGGAGAAGAAAUAAAACUAUCAGAAACUGUUGAAGAAAAACUGUUGACAAUUUUGAAAGUUGAGGAUAAAUCAUUAGAAUCAAUCGAGCUUGAUAAAUGCAUUGAAAAAUCUAAAGGAGAAAUUGAACAUACAAUAGAAUCAAUUCAUAAAGUUCGCAGGAUGACACCUGAAAUUCAAGCUAUCGAAACACAGCUAUCUACAACAUUCGAAAAUGUCAAAGGUUUACAAAAUAAUGACAAGAUUAUCGAAGAAAUUUUGAAUAAAAUUGAUGCUGCGGAAGAGUCGAUUGCUAUUAGAAGAACGAGUGACAUUACUGAUUUGAAAGGAAAUUUAGCAAAUUUAAAACAAUGCUUAGUAACUUUGAGAACUGUUGUCACCCAGCACAAUAUUCAAGUUCAAACAAUUCAAAUACAACCACAAAAAGCUGUUGUAAGCGUCAUUGAAAGCAAGGAAAAAUUACAAGCUACUAAGCCAUUUUUAGAAGAAAAGAUAGAAGCAACAAAAGAAAAGGAAGAAUCCAAAACAGUCGAUUCUCUGUUAGUUGAACCUGUCCAAGAAAUGCUAAAAUCAAAAGAACAAUCCGAGGGACAAAAGGUUGAAGAGAUUAAAGAGUCACAAAUUGAAAAAUUGGUGGAAAUUCCUACUAAAGUUACUGUAUGUUUAACUAAAACUAAAACUGAAAUUGAAAAUGUUAUAGCAUCGGUCAAAAAAGUCCGUCGCCAAACAAAUGAACUUCAAGCAGCUCAAGAAGAGCUUAGUAAUGUGUUAGAAGAACUUGAAAGUCUUUCUGAGAAUCCCGAGCAGCUUGAUAAAAUUGUGAAAACUAUUAAUAGGGCAGAAAAUUCUUUGAUAUUAAACAAAACCAGCGAUACUGCUCUUGUUAAGGAUAAUUUGAUCAAAUUAAAAGAAGCUUUGGUAUUAUUGAGUUACGCUGUGGAAACACAAAAAGAGUCUACAGAAGAAUUAAAAAUUCUCGAAUCAAAUGAAAGUUUGACUGAAAAAGUGUUAAAAAAUGUUCAAGAAGAAAUCAUAGAUCAAACUGUCGAUAGAAGAAUUAGUGAAACUAAAAUUGUUCAAGAGGAAGAAUCAGAAUCUGUCGAAACAGAAAAACUUCAAAGAUGCAUUCAAAACUCGAAGGAAGAAAUUGGACAAACUAUUGAAUCAAUUAAAAAAGUUCGAAAAUCUACACCUGAAAUUCAAGCUAUCGAAAUACAAUUAUUCACUACAUUUGAAAAUGUUAAGGACAUUUUAAACAAUCAGAAAAUUAUCGAGGAUAUUUUAAACCAAGUCGAAAUUGCGGAAGCUUCAGUAUCUGUCGGUAAGACAAGUGACAUUGUUUCUCUAAAAGAAAACUUAUCAACUUUAAAACAAUCGCUAGUAACAUUAAAAUCUGUUAUUAUUCAUCAAAAUGCACAAUUGAAAUCGAUUGACAUUAAACCACAACAUGGGGAAAUGAGCGUUAUAGGAAUUAACAACGAUUUAAAGAUUGAUGAGCAAAACGAAGAAACUAUUACUGAGAAAAAUUCAAUCUCUAAAGAUGUCAAAAAAAUCGAAUUGGUAACAAAAACUGAAGACUGUAUAGAUAUCAAAUCAGAAAUUGACGUGACAAUAAAAUCAGGCAAGACUAAUGAUGAGGAAUUAAAAAUGAUUGAAGACACAAAUCUUAUUAAAGAGUUGGAAAAAUUAUCUGAAGCCAAAGGCCAGCCAGCUCUACAAGAAAUUCAAAAAUGUCUCUCCAAAACUAAGGAAAAUAUUGAAACAGUUACAAUUUCAAUCAAGAAAGCACAUCGUCCAACAGGUGAAUUGCAAUGUACCGAGAAAGAACUGGCAAUAAUACUAGAAAAUAUUUCUGAGUUACCACAAAAUCAACAGCAAAUUGAGAAGAUUAUUGAGAAAAUUGAGGCAGCUGAAACUUCGUUGGUUGCAAGAAAAACUAGUGAUAUUAUUCUGGUAAAAGAAAAUUUAAACUCAUUGAAGCAAUCGUUGGUUACUCUCAAUAAUACAAUUAAGACACAAAAUAUUCAAUUAUCAACUAUUAUGGAUUUCCCUGAAAUUGUCAAUUUGCAAGUUAAUGAAGUUUCACAAGAUCUCAAAGUUGUUGAGUCUAAUGAGAGUAAAGUACCGACUGUUCAGCCCUUACAAGAAAUUAUUGAAAAGUCAAUGGUUGAAAUUGAAAACACGGUUGAAGCAAUUAAAAAUAUACCAAAACCUACACUUGAGCUACAAGCCACAGAAAAAAAUCUGAUAACAGUACUUGAAAAUUUAUCUGACCUACAACAUGAUGAGAAAACAAUUGAAAAAGUUCUUGAAUCUGUAACAGCAGCUGAGACAUCUCUCACUGCAACGAAAACAAGCGAAAUAGUGUUGAUAAAAGAAAAUUUAUCACAAUUGAAAGAAUCAUUGAAAACUCUCAAGACAAAUGUUGAGGAAUUGAAAGUUAAUAAUACAGAAUCUCCAACUAGCAAUGUUAAAAUAUUGGAUCUUCAUAUUAUUGAGCCUUCGAAUGAUCUGAAGAUAAUUGAAUCAAAUGAAGACCUCGCCGUAACAGAUGAGAGCAAACAGUUGUUAGAAGUGACAUUAAGCCUUGCAAAAUCACGUGAUGAAAUUGAAAAUGUUAUGUUUGCUAUCCGCAAAGCUCGUCAUCCGCCAUCGGAAGUAAGUUCAGUUGAAAAAAUUCUCACUUUAACCUAUGAGCAAUUAUUUGAACUUCCAAAAGAUGAUAAAUUUUUCGAUAAAGCUAUUGAGUCGAUUGAACUUGCAGAAAUUUCACUCGUAACACGUGGAGCCGGUGAUUUAAUUGUCAUUAAGAAUAAUCUUGCAUCACUAAAAGAAUCAUUCAUUAAGAUAAUUAGUUUCCAAAAUCCACAAAAAGCAGCCUCUCUUCUAAAUGAACUUCAGAAACCACAAGUUGCUAAAAUGUCAGAAAUACACGAGCCAAAACAAGUUAAAGAAGUAAAGCCACAAGAAUUGACAAGCAAACAAAAGCUUGAAACUUUAAUAGAGAAGACGGUCGACUCAAUAAAAAAUUCACAUCGUCUUACUCCGGAAGUGCAAGCAAUAGAGAAGGAAUUCACAUUUACAUUAGAAAAAGUCAUGAAUCUCGAAAAUGAUAAACAGGAAAUUGAAAAAGUUAUUGAGUUGAUUGAAACGGCUGAGGCAUCAUUUGGUGCAAAACGUACAAGUGAUAUAGUUUUAAUAAAAGAAAAUCUUGCACUUGUUAAGGAAACACUGAACAUUCUUAAAUUGACAAUACAAUCGAAACCAAUUGAAAUUAUUGAGUUGCAGCAACAAAAACCAGAGCAAGCUAUUAUUGUGGAUGAAAAAUUGAAAGAAGAAGAAUUGGUAAAGGAAAUUGUCAGUAAAAAAUCUGAAGAAAAACAACAAGGAAGCCUUGAAUUGAAAGAAAGUGAAGAAAAACUUUCAUUGCAUACUGAAAUUCAUGAAACACAAAAGCAGCAACCCAAUGAGAAUGUUAAGAAAUUGAAAACAGAAAUCGUCAGCACAAUUGAAUCUAUAAAGAAAGUUCUCCGUCCAAAUACUGAGAUUCAAGCAGUCGAGAGAGAAUUAACAAUGGCUAUUGAACAUGUAAAUGAACUGCCAAAUGACGAAAAGAAAAUUGAAAAUGUCAUUGCAGUCAUUGAAAACACUGAAGCUUCAUUAGUCGCUAAAAAAACUAGUGACAUAGCUGUAGUAAAAAAUAAUUUAUCGGAACUUAAACAAACCUUGAAUUUAAUGAAGACAUCAAAGAAACUUGAAAUUGAUGAAACUGAAUUAUUGACAGGAACCCAAAAAGAACAAGAAAUUGUUUUGGAAGAAUUAAGAGAAACAAAGAAGGAAUCAACUGAUAAAUCUAACGAAAUUCAAAAGAAUGAAAAGUACAUUAAAGAAGGAGCCAUAGUUAUUGAACAGCCAACUAAUGAAAAAAUAGAAACGCUUAAAACGAUUAUUGAAAUUGAGAAAGAAAAGCCUGUUGUAGAUCAAACAAAAGCAAACAAAGAUCUGAAAGAAGAGAUGGAGAUUGAAAAAAUAUCUUUAUCUAAAGAUCAAUUAAGUAUUAAAUCAGACCUGGAAUGUUCAAUUCAGCCAAUUAAAAUAAAUCGUCCAACUUCCGAACUUAAGGAUACUGAAAAAAUUAUUUCAAAGACUGAUGAAAAACCCAAAGAGGAAAUAAAGAAAGUCACUGAAAAGCCUAAAGAGGAAAUAAAGAAAGUCACUGAAAAACCUAAAGAGGAAAUAAAGAAAGUCACUGAAAAACCUAAAGAGGAAAUAAGGAAAGUUGACGAAAAGCCUGAAGAGGAAAUAAAGAAAGUCACUGAAAAGCCUGAAGAGGAAAUAAAGAAAGUCACUGAAAAGCCUAAAGAGGAAAUAAAGAAAGUCAUUGAAGAACCUAAAGAGGAAAUAAAGAAAGUCACUGAAAAACCUAAAGAGGAAAUAACGAAAGUCACUGAAAAGCCUAAAGAGGAAAUAAAGAAAGUCACUGAAAAACCUAAAGAGGAAAUAAAGAAAGUCGACGAAAAGCCUGAAGAGGAAAUAAAGAAAAUCACUGAAAAGCCUGAAGACGAAAUAAAGAAAGUCACUGAAAAGCCUAAAGAGGAAAUAACGAAAGUCACUGAAGAACCUAAAGAGGAAAUAAAGAAAGUCACUGAAAAACCUAAAGAGGAAAUAAAGAAAGUCACUGAAAAACCUAAAGAGGAAAUAAAGAAAGUCGACGAAAAGCCUGAAGAGGAAAUAAAGAAAGUCACUGAAAAGCCUGAAGACGAAAUAAAGAAAGUCACUGAAAAGCCUAAAGAGGAAAUAACGAAAGUCACUGAAGAACCUAAAGAGGAAAUAAAGAAAGUCACUGAAAAACCUAAAGAGGAAAUAAAGAAAGUCACUGAAAAACCUAAAGAGGAAAUAAAGAAAGUCGACGAAAAGCCUGAAGAGCAAAUAAAGAAAGUCACUGAAAAGCCCAAAGAGGAAAUAAAGAAAGUCACUGAAAAACCUAAAGAGGAAAUAAAGAAAGUCGACGAAAAGCCUGAAGAGGAAAUAAAGAAAGUCACUGAAAAGCCUGAAGACGAAAUAAAGAAAGUCACUGAAAAGCCUAAAGAGGAAAUAACGAAAGUCACUGAAGAACCUAAAGAGGAAAUAAAGAAAGUCACUGAAAAACCUAAAGAGGAAAUAAAGAAAGUCACUGAAAAACCUAAAGAGGAAAUAAAGAAAGUCGACGAAAAGCCUGAAGAGGAAAUAAAGAAAGUCACUGAAAAGCCCAAAGAGGAAAUAAAGAAAGUCACUGAAAAGCCUAAAGAGGAAAUAACGAAAGUCACUGAAAAACCUAAAGAGGAAAUAAAGAAAGUCGACGAAAAGCCUGAAGAGGAAAUAAAGAAAGUCACUGAAAAGCCUAUAGUGGAAACCUUAUAUGUCGACGAAAAGCCUGAAGAGGAAAUAAAAAAGGCAGAUGAAAAACCUAAAGAAGAAUCAAAGGUGGUCGAUGAAAAAUCAAACUCCAAAAAACUAGAUGUCAAACUUCCGGCCGAGAAAACCAAAAUCAAAAUUGAAAUUGUUGAUGCAAUUGAUUUAAUUAAGAAAAUUCGCCGUGCAACUCCUGAAUUGAAUGCUACCGAAAAUGAACUUAAAACUAUUCUUGAACAUAUUAAAGAAUUCCCAAAUAAUCAACAUGAAUUAUUGAAUAUUAUUUCAUCAAUAGAGUGUGCAGAAACAUCUCUUGCUACAAGAAGAACAAGUGACAUUAUGAAAGUAAAAGAAAAAUUGAAUUCAUUAAAAAGCAGUUUGUGCACAUUUAAGAAUGUAGAAAAAAUCGUUGAAUUUGAAGUUGAAACCUUAAUAGAGCAAGCUGAAGUGGAAAAGAAUGACAAACUUGACGCAACAGAAUUCAAAACGCAGGAUUCUAAAAUCGAAAAAAUUGGUAAAACAGUUCAAGAAGAAAAACCUGAAAAGGAGAUUAAUCCAGAUGAAAAUAAACUCUGGGAAAUUGAGAAACCAAAAUCUGAAGGUACAAUGCUUGUAGAGCCACUAAAAUGUGAAUUAAAGUCAAAGAUUCUAGAAUCAGAUACUAUGCAAAAACUAAGAACUGAAAUUGCAAACGUUACAGCUAUAAUCAAGAAUGUUAGGCGACCAACACCUGAGCUUCAAUCUGUUGAAAGUGAAUUGACAAUAUUCACUGAAAAAUUACCUAAACUCGAAAACAAGUUCGAAGAAAUUGAUAGAAAUAUUAAAAUUAUUGUAGAGGCAGAAAAUUCUAUCAAAACAAAGAAAACGAGCGAUAUUUUAGCCGUUAAAGAAAGCUUUUCAAAGUUUAAAAAUCUUUUGACAGAAAUAAGAGAUUCAAUUAAGCCAAAUAUUGACAAGGAAAAAUUAACAAAGGAAGAAAAAACUGAAAAUAUUGAACAAUCUCAAAGGUUAAAGCCAAAGGAAGAAAAUGGAGACGAGAAAGUUGAGGUUAACAAAAAAGAUGAAGCUGUUGAGGUUGCUUCACUAGUUGAUGAAACUGAAGAAAUAAAUCAAUUAAAAUCUAAGGAAAAAUUAAAACAUGACGAAACUCAAAAGUCUAAGGAUGUCGAAAAAUCAGUAGGAUUACCCAAGAUUGAAGAAAAAUCAAAACUUCUUGAAUCAGCAGUAGUUCAAAAGUUAAGAACUGAAAUUGAAAAUGUUUCAAAUACGAUCAAGAAAGUAAAGCGACCUACUUCUGAACUCCAAAGUACUGACAGUGAAUUAAGAAUUAUUAUCAAUAAAUUGUCUGAUAUUGAGAACGAUGUUGUAGAAAUUAACAAAAUCAUAAAAAUUAUUAUAAAAACUGAGGAUUCAAUUAUUACCAAGAGAACAAGUGACAUUUUAGAAGUAAAAGAAAGCUUAUUAUGCUUAAAAAAUGUUUUGCAAGAAUUAAGUGAUUCAAAGAAAUCUCACAUUGAAAAACCUAAAGAAGAACAACCUAAAAAUGAAGAAAAAGAUGGAGUUUUCAAACAAAUUGAAGAAAUUAUUAUUGAAGAAAAACCUGAAAUGAAGUUAGAACAAGAAAUUUCUAUUCAAAGCCAGAAAACAACGGAAAAUCCUAUAGAAAUAGAGACACCUAAAGUUUUCGAGACAAAAAAAUCUGAGCAAGAACCAAAACUACAAGAAAUUGAAAUUGAUGUAAAAGAAAAAAUUGUUAAAAUCAGAUUGGAUGAAGCUUCAUUGAAGAUCAAAUCCGAAAUAGAAAAUGUAAUACAUUCAAUCAAAAAAUCUCGCCGUCCAACGACAGAGAUUCAAACACUAGAAAAGAUAUUAAACGCAGAUUUAGAAUUGAAAGUUCUUGUAGAACUUUCGAAGAAUUUAACAAAAAUUGAAGAAACUUUAAAAUCAAUUGAGGUCACGGAAUCUUCAUUAGCAACUAAAAAAACCUCGGAUAUGAUACUCGUAAAAAAUAAUAUCAAUUUAUUGAAGGAAGUUCUCAUUUCAUGCAAAACAAAAUUAUCUUCAUCACAAGAAAUAAGGGAACCAGAAAAAACCUCCAUUGAAUGUCUAAAACAAGAAAUCAAAAGAGAACCUCAGAAACCUGAAUUACCUGAAUUGCCUGAAUUACCGAAAGAAUUUGAACAGCCAAGUGAAGUUCUCUUAGAUAUACACGAAAAAGAUUUAAUGUCCCAAUAUAUUGUUGGUAUUAAACAAGAUAUUGAUGAAGUUCUGGUUCUUAUUAAAAAGGCAAGAAGACCAUCUGCAGAGUUGCAAACUUUACAUGAGGCAUUAUUAGACUUAAAGCCUAGAGUUGACAAUUUAUCUAAAGAUUCUACAUACUUUGACACAGUGCUUCAUAUUGUAACAAAGGCAAAAACUGCAUUGCUUACAAAGCGAACAAUGGAAAUGAUUUUAUUGAGGGAAAAAGUAACAUCUCUUGAAAGUUCAUUGAUUCUGUUGAAAUCGACUGUAAUUACAGAAAUCAAUGGUGAAAUUAUUGCUGCAAAACAAAUAGAGGAAACAGUCACAGAGAAAACAAAAGAAAAGGAAAUAAUUUUCAAAGAAAAUGAAAUUGUUUCUAAUAAUCAAAAUGCUAUACUUCCUGAACAAGAGGAAAAAUUAAACAAUGUUCUUGAAAAAUCUGAACAAGAACAGGUGAAAAAGUUUGAUGAAUUUUUAUGUGAUCCAGUUAAACUCGAAGACACUGAGCCCCAAAAACCAGCAAGGCGACAAAAACAUAGUGAAACUAGUAAAAUUGAUGAAAUUGUUGAAACCAAAACUGAAAAAAUCGAAAAAGUAGAAUCCAAAACUCAAAAAAGACUUGAAUCUGAAAUCUCCCCUGCACCAACUGACAGACUUCGACAACGACAAAGUCAUGAAAUUUUAACAGAAAUUCAAAGUGAAGUAGAGCCAGUUAAACCAUUAAGACGAAAAAGAGCUGAUGAGCUUAAAGAGGAAGAGAAAUCUCUACCAAGAACACCAGAAACUCGCCGAAAGAGAAUGCCAAUAUUUAUUGCACGUCUGAAGAAUCGUUCAGCUCCCGAGAAUUCAAUUCUCAAACUCACAUGUGCUGUUUCAGAGCCUGAGGUUACUGCAAGAUGGACCAAAAAUGGGAUGAUCUUAAAAGAUACCGAAAAAUAUUUGAUUGAAAACAGCAAUGGUGUUCUUUCAUUAGAAAUUAAGAACGCUUGUUUUCAAGAUGCCGGAGAAUAUUAUUGUUUUGUAUCAAACAGUUGUGGUGAAAUCGAAACUAGUGCUUUUGUUACAAUCUUUGGCGAAGAUGUACAACCAUCAAAUACAACCUUUACGAAGAAUCUCAGGGACUCAUAUGAUCAAGUGACUAACAAGUUAAUCAUUGAAUGCAAUAUUAAAACCUCAUUGGACUUUUCCAAUCAUAAAAUCAAGUGGUAUAAGGACGAUAUGGAAAUGCGUCCAUCAUAUAUGACAUCGUCAGGUGGCAUACCAACGACAUAUGAACAAGAAAUAGACGAAAAUACGGGUCGUGUGAAACUAAUUAUAACUUAUCCGAUGAAUACAGAUUGUGGAUUAUAUAGAUGUUGUGUGCACGAUAAAAAUUCACAUAAAGUGGACGAAAUAUCACAUUUAGUGUACAAAAUAUUCAAUCCUCCGCCUCACAUUCCGCUCGAGGAGCUAGAAAUUGGUGAGAAGAGAAAUCGAAUUGUAUUUGACAAUCAUCUAAAUGACAUUUAUGCUGACGAUACCAACAAAAGUAUUCGUUUGAAUUGCAAAAUUUCACAGUGCAAUGCACAGUCAGAAAUUAAGUGGUAUAAAAACAAUGAGGAACUUCCGAUUGAGGACUAUCGAGAAAAGUACCGCUUCACAAAAUCCUAUAAUAGAUUGUGUCUUGAAAUUUUACAUCCGAAAUUGAACGAUGCAGGAGUAUACGAGUGUAGUGUAAAAAAUCAGUACAAUGAGACAUCUACAAAAUGCCACGUCUAUGUCAACGAAAAGGCUGAGAGACAACGUUCAAAGACCACGCCUAGAGAAUCGAGUUUCAUUGAUUUUUCAACUGGAACCAUAAUUGAUAAGGAACAAUCUGUCAAUUAUCAAGAUGAAAUUGAGGACAGUAAUAAAAUCCUACUAGAAAGAAGUACGAGGGAAAUUGCAGCAAGAAUCCAUCGAUCAACAGACCUCAUUGAUAUUCCACCAUCUUCAGUUACAUUUACGGCAACUGAACGACCGAAUUUUGCAACACCACUCAGUGAUCGAAUGGUUACUGAAAAUUCAUCAUCUGUGAAAUUCACAUGUUCUUUACUCUCGCCUGAAUGUGAUAUUUCGUGGGAGAAAAAUGGAAUUCCAAUUCGCCCUUCAUCUAAAUUCACACAAACAUUUACCGAUGGUUUAGCAAUAUUAGAAAUUUUUGACGUGUCUGACGAUGAUGCUGGUAAAUAUGCAUGUACUGCAUCAAACAAGUUUGGUGACAACUCAACAUCGGCUAGAUUAAAGGUUUAUAGUGGCUUUAAGCCGUCUGUUUGUAUGCCACCAACAGUAAUGCGACAAAUGAAAGAAAGCUACAAUCUCUAUAAUGACUUGUUGACAUUGGAGUGUCGUGUACGUGGAACACCAAAGCCUCACAUUCAAUGGAUGAAAGAUGGCGAUUAUAUCAUGCCGGGAGAUAAGUACCAACAAACUGAAUUACCUGAUGGCACAUGCAAAUUGAUAAUCCAAUCACCGGAUCCGGAAGAAGACUCAGGAACUUAUACAUGUGAAGCUGAAUGCAAUGGCUGCAGUGAUAGCAUCAGUCAUAAUGUUCAAUAUGAGGGCUCAGUUGAAAAUCAAUUCAAUCGCGUUCACCGUUAUUAUCAUCGUGAUCCAUUAAAGCCAUACUUUAAAACAGGCUUAGUUGAUACAAAUGUUCCAUCAGGUGGUAGUAUUGCACUAUUUGUCGAAUCACAAGCAAAUUGCGAGGCUGAAUGGUAUCGUGAUAGAUGGAUAGUCGAUCAUAAGCCACCAAAACGUUACAUUUUCAAUGAUGGAAGUGGUUUCUUUGCCUGCGUAAUUAAUCAUGCUACAAUGGAUGAAGCAGCAAAAUAUAGCUGUAAAUUAUCAAAUCCCUACGGAACAUCACAAUCAACAUCAUUCAUUGAUGUUAUUAAUCCAAAUCAAGUUGGUAAGGGUCAAAAACCGCCAAUAUUUUUGACACGUCCUCAACCAGAAAUCAAGAUUCGUGCUGGUGAUCCAUUCUCAAUGUCGUUCAGAGUUCAAGGCGAGCCAAAACCAAGAAUUCAAUGGUAUAAGGGCGCCAGAGAUAUUACUAAUGCCGGUCGCACUAUCAAAGAAGUCUUCAACGAUUACGUUCGAUUCUCAAUUAAAGAGUCAAAGGAGAAUGAUUCUGGAAUUUAUUUCAUUACCGCUAGAAAUAGACACGGAGUUGAUCGCUCCUUCUGUCAAGUUACGGUCCGAGAAAGGCAGGAACUAAGCAGUAGCGAUGCAGCAAAACUGUCAAAUAUUGACUUUACUGAUGUUUCGUACAUGAAAAAUCCCCCAGGUCAAAUACCAAAUGAGCCAACAGUCAUUGACAGUAGUGCCAAUCACUUGAGCUUAUCAUGGAUGAAACCGCAAUGUAAUGAUGCAGCUCCAGUAGUUGGAUAUCGUAUUGAUGUAUGGCUUGUCGGAAAGGAAGGUGACGCUACAUGGAAGGAGAUUGGUACAUCGGGUUUGGCAAGUUUUGACGUUUUUAAUCUAAAACAUGGUUGUGAAUAUCAUUUUCGUGUGACGCCACGUAAUCGUUACGGCUAUGGACCAUCCACACAAACCACAUAUCCAGUAAUGUUUGGAGAUGUCGUAAAAUUGCCUGAAUUUACAAAAAUUCUACCCGGACAACUUAAAGCUCUCAUCAAUGAUGACAUAACACUUGAAUGUGUUUCAAUGGGUUCACCACGUCCCGAUAUUGUAUGGUACAAGGACGGUAUUAGAAUAGAUUCAAAUGAGAAACAUGUAAUCUCCGUUAUGGGUCCAUUGUGUCGCUUGAUAAUUCACAAUGUUACAGAAAAUGAUAAUGGUCGUUAUACAUGUGAAGCAUCGAAUAAAGAGGGUCGCGUAUCGACGUUUGCGCGCGUACAAACUGUCACAGAUCCAAAAUUACUUGAAGCGGAUAACAAAUUAAAGAAAAACAUUGAAACUGAUUUAGAGCAAUUGAGUGUUGGCGAUGAAAUUUUGCCACAAUUUACUAUGAGAUUAAGAGAUCGACGAGUUCAAUGUACUUAUCCCGUAAGACUAACAUGCCAAGCACUUGCUGUACCACAUGCAACUAUUGAGUGGUUUAAAGAAGGCAUUAAACUUAUCGAGGACGACCGAAUUGCAUUCUUGCAAGAAAAUCAAUUCAGUACACUUGAAUUUUCACGAACAUAUCUGGAAGAUAGCGGACAAUAUACAGUUACUGCGCGCAAUGAACUCGGUUCAGUUUCAUGUCAUUGUAAUCUCACAGUCGAUAAAGGUAUCCGCGCUUACAUUUCACCAGAAUUCAUCAAACCACUUGACAUCGUUUGCACGUAUAAUGAAGGACAGGAUAUUCAUUUGGAAGCACAUGUUGAAGCAUAUCCUUCUGUGGGAGUAACUUGGCAUCAUAACGGUAUAAGAUUGCGACCGAGUCGAAAAAUUCAAGCAUCAUUGGAUUGCGAUGGAAUUGUUUCAUUGAUAAUAACGGAAACGACAGUGAAGGAUGCAGGCACGUACACGUGUGUAGCAUCGAAUGCUGUCGGAAGAGUAGAAAGCACUUGUCGCAUUAACAUUAUCGAGAAUAGUGACAAAAAAUCCCGAGUUAUUCCAUCAAUUGUUGCACCUGAUGCACCAUACUCCAAAGAACCACUGUUCCUCAUAAGACCAAGAUCGAGCGAAGCAUUUGAAGGUGAUACAGUUAUUAUUAUGUGUGAAGUCAUUGGAGAUCCAAAACCAGAAGUCCUUUGGCUGCGAGAUUUUUUAAAGCCUGAAUAUUACAAAGACGCACAACAUUUUCGCAGUGUCAUUGGAAAUGAAUCUGAGUAUCGUUUAGAAAUACCACACGCAAAGAUCGAAUACACUGGAACAUAUUCCGUAAUUGCAUCAAAUUGUUAUGGUCAAGCAAAAGCAAUAAUUUCGUUGCAAAUCUACGCCAAAGAUUUAGGUAGAAGCAUGGAUGCUGGCUCCAUUAUUCAUGGUAAUAUUGAAACACUUCCUCGCAUCGUGAAGCACUUAAAAGAUUUACGAUGUUGUGAUGGUGAUGCAAUUACAUUAGAAUGUCAUGUAGAGGGAACGCCGGAGCCCAACGUCUUUUGGGAAAAGGAUGGUAAAAUAUUGCAUGAUAGAUCAACGGAACAUCGACAGAAUUUCAAUGGACACAAAGCUACAUUAUCUAUUCAACGUGUUUUCCCCGAGGAUGAAGGUCAAUAUUGCCUAGUAGCAUGCAAUAAUAUGGGUCGUGUGAAGAGUUUCGCUUGUAUUAUAGUUGAUGUACCCGAGGAGAAAGAAAAUUUGCUUAGUCGACAACUAUCACGCCCAAUGACCUUUUUGUCACCGAAUUCAACACCACGUUCAACGCCCAGAUCAACACCAGCCCGUAGCAUGUCUCCAUUUUCAUUGCAUUUAUCGAUGAUAACAAAUAAUGCUCACUUGAGUUAUCGUCAAAGGCGUUAUCGAUUUUCAGCGCCAAAGUUCUAUUCAGUUCCACAUAAUCGUGUAUGCGAGGAAGGUGAUACAGUAAGAUUUCAAUGUGCAAUUGCUGGUCAUCCAAUUCCAUGGUCAACUUGGGACAAGGACGGUGUAAUUGUGACACCAUCACAACGUCACAUUAUAAAGGAACGUGACGAUAUGCGCUAUUUGGAAAUAGAAGAGGUUUGUUUUGAGGAUGCAGGAUUGUAUCGUAUAACACUUGAGAAUGAAUAUGGAAGAAUUGAAGCAACUGCACGUUUGGACAUUAUAAAAAGCAACAAAGUAAAUCGUCGAGGAAUACGUGCAUCAAGUGCACCUAAUCGUGACUCACGCAGUAUAUCUCGUCGGAUCAUGGGCUACAGCACAAAAAUUGGUGGACGAAUGGCACUAGCAGGUCAACGAGCUUCCUCGAUACCCGCCAAAAAAACUGUUUAUCAUGAUGGUUAUGAUAUCACAGACUGUGAACGUCUUACAAUUACUGAAAAUGAGAAUGAAAUCUUAAUAGAAAUUGACACUGUAAAGACAUACGAUGAAGGUGAAUACACUUUAAUGCUCGAAGAUGAAGAUGGGAUCAUAACAACAACGACAACAUUUGCAAAAGUUCAUUACGUCGAUGAUGAAAUAUUUAGAGAGAAAAUACCACCAAAAAUAAAACAUCAUCUGAUCAAUAAUGUAACAAGUAUUGAAGGUAUUCCAUUAGACUUGACACUUCAUCUUGACUGCAAAAUUCCAUUUGAUUAUGUAUGGUUCAAGAACGAUGAACCUAUCAUCAAUUCUGAUGAUUUCAUAUACAUUGACCAUGGCAACGGAAUAUUGACACUCCGCAUACAAGAUCCGUUUGUUUUUGAUUCCGGUAAAUAUUCGUGCGUCAUUACAACACUUUCUGGUGAAUGUACUUCGGAAUGCGAUGUAGAAAUUGAAGAACUUUAUGAAAUUAAUGUUCUCGAUGUGAUACCGGAAUUUAUAAAAGCUCCACUUCCUUUCAUCUCACUGCCUGGUUGUUUAGCAUCAUUUUGUGCUCGAAUUACGCCUGUUGACUCUGAAGUUAUUUGGAGCGUGUGUGGUUGUGAAAUAAACGAUGAUAUGAAAGAUUAUAAGAUUGAGCGAUUAGAGGAUGGUCUGAACGUACUUCAUGUGUUAAAUGUCGAUCAUAGACAAAGUGGUGAAAUAAAGUGCCGUGUCAUUAGUUGUAAUAAUCCAAAAAUCUUUAAUGUCUAUCACACAAGUUUGACUGUAUUGCCUGUUCCAGUUAGUGAACGAUACGAACCGAUUGAAAGUGUUUUAGAAAAUAAUUGUAACAAUAAUAAUAAAAGCAAUAAAAGUAGUGAAGCUCAUGACUUAGACUUAUCGUGUUUCAUCACAAAACGACCUGAGGAUCGAACAGUUUUAGUUGGCGAUUCAAUCGAAUUAAAUGUUUCAUACAUUGGAUAUCCCGAUCCAAAAGUUCAUUGGAUGAGAGCUGAACGUUUAAUUGAAAAUCAACCUAAUACAAUCAUCAUUACUAAAAAUGGUCACUCGAGAUUGAUCAUUAACAAUAUCACGUCAGACCAAAGUGGAAAAUAUAGUGUUGAAAUUAUGAAUGAGCAUAGUACUGACAUUGCAUCGGCCUCGGUUGCUGUUGAGGGUGUUCCUGAUGCUCCAGUUUCAUUAAGCUUCUCUAAAGGAUCUGAUAGAAUAGCAGUUGCAUGGUCAGGGCCACCGUACGAUGGUGGCUGCAUGCUAACUGGCUUUCUACUCGAAAUGCAACAUGAUAAUGGUGAAUGGAAAGAAGUAGCUAAAAUAGUAGAUUCUCUAGCAUAUACUGUAAAGAAUCUCGUUCAUGAUGUAAAGUAUCGAUUUCGUGUGAGAGCACAAAAUAUUCACGGCUCAAGUGCUCCAAGUAAAUCAACAGAAGAAAUCAUUCUAGUGAAGCCAAUUGAUAUGGAUAGUGAGGAAGGAGAUGAAACGUAUUCAAGUGUGCCACAAAUAAAGACAGGAGGUGAUUUUAAGACAAGAUUCGACAUAUUGGAAGAAUUAGGAAAGGGUAGAUUUGGCACAGUAUAUCGUGUGAUGGAACGUGAAACUCGACUCAUAUUGGCAGCAAAAAUAAUUAAGUGUAUAAAGGCAAUGGACCGUAAAAAGGUUCAAGAUGAAAUCAAAAUAAUGAAAUCACUUCAACAUCCCAAACUGCUUCAACUUUCAGCUUCAUUUGAGACACAGAAGGAAAUUAUCAUGGUGAUGGAAUACUUAUGCGGCGGUGAACUUUUCGAACGAGUAGUUGCAGAUGAUUUUACACUGACUGAACGUGAUUGCAUUUUAUUUAUGAGACAAAUAUGUGAAGGCGUUGAAUAUAUGCAUAGCAAAUAUGUUGUCCAUCUUGAUUUGAAGCCAGAAAAUAUUAUGUGUAUUACAAGAACGAGUCAUCAGAUAAAAAUCAUUGAUUUCGGUUUAGCACAAAAUCUCGAACCCGGCAAGCAAGUACGAGUAUUGUUUGGCACACCAGAAUUUUGUCCCCCAGAGAUAAUCAAUUACGAACCAAUAGGACUUCAAUCUGAUAUGUGGAGCCUGGGUGUCAUUUGUUACGUUCUUCUCUCUGGUCUCUCACCCUUUAUGGGUGAAAACGAUGUAGACACUUUUUCAAAUAUUACGAGAGCUUAUUACGAUUUUGACGAUGAAGCAUUUGAUACUAUAACAGAAGAAGCAAAAGACUUUAUUGCUGGACUUUUAGUUUACCGUAAGGAAAAUCGUAUGAAUGCAAAACAAUGCCUUGAAUCAAAAUGGUUAUCACAACAUUAUGAUGUCAUGGGCAGUAUUAAAUUAUGCACGGAUAAAUUGAAAAAAUUCAUCAUUCGCAGAAAGUGGCAGAAAACUGGAAACGCCAUUAGAGCCAUCGGUAAGAUGAAAAAUCUUACGUUAUCCGCUGCAUCGCGAAAGAGUGCUGGUGGUGUAUAUGGAAGCCCACGGCCAUCACUAUCAGGACCAACUAAUAAUAAUAGUAAUAGUAUUAAUAUUCAUAAUUAUGUUUCUGAUAAACGAAUAACAAGUGUUAAUGAAGAGGCUGAAAAUGUUUCUACUAAUUUAUUGUGUGCUAAUGAUAAAUCAAAAGAUCCACGAGUCUGUAAUGAACGCAGUGACUCAGGUUUUAGUGAAUGCUCAAGUUGUUCAACACCUAGCGCUUCGUGUGUCUGCAAUUUAACAGCUCAUGUUCAAGAUACUAUAAUUGAAGAGCAUAGCAAUAGUACAAGUAGUUGUAGUUCAAUAGAACUGCAUGAGACAACAGAAAGCACACAGCAUCAAAUCGAUGCUGCUGAGGAAAUCCAUACCAUAAGUUCGGAUCAUGAUAUUCGAAGUGAGAUUUCAUCACUCGAGUAUGAUGAAGCCAACAAGACUAAUUGUGAUAAUAAUGAAAACAUCAUCGAUAUAUCGAUUCGGGUGCCAACACGACGUGAACUUUUUCAAAAUGACGAUGGUGAUUUAAUGAGUGAGAUAGAACGACGAAAAGUUUCACUUGAGAAUAUAGUAACAAAAAAAUCAUCACCAUCUAAAAUACGAGAAGAGUUCUCAUUAGAAAAGUUGAAAAAGACAAAUAAAGUAGCAAAAUUAAUGGAAAAGUAUGAAACACCUGACGAGUCGACUAACUUGAUGAGUGGUCAGAUAAAUUUACCAAAUUAUAAAUUAAAAUCAUCAGUUACCAAUGAGAAAGGUUUGAAAUGCGUUACCACACCAGAUAACUCUAAUACUAAUCCACCUUUACCCGCAAUGCAUAUAAUCAAUCGUGUGAAUAUGUGUGAUUUACCAAAGCAAGAUUCAAUUAAUGCAAGAUUCGACAAUAAUCACAAUCUUCCCCCUGAUUCUCCCUUAGCAAAAAGUCCACCAUCACCAACAACAGACACCCAAACUUUAUUGUCAUUUUCACCAGCAACGAGAAAAUCUACAUCAUCUUUAUCAACGAAUCCUACAACGACAUUUAGGUUAAGCGAUAGAGUAAGAGAGGCGACCGAGAGAUUGUCAAAGCCAAAGCAACAAGCAGUGACAAUGACAACGGAUAGAACCACAAAAGCCAGUAUCCUCAAACAAAAUGCAAACUUUGUUAGAUCGAAAGAAUUUUGGAGAAGAUAAAAAAGAACGAACAGAAUUUUUUUUUGUGAUGUAUCAAAAAAGAGUAGAAAGGAAUAGGGUAAUGAUACAGUUGUGGCUUGUAAAUUGUGAGAAAUUUUCUUCAAUUUUCAUAGAACAUUGGGCGUUAGUGGUAUUGUUUACGAGAUUGUGGUAAUUUUUCCUGAUUAAAGAACAUCAUGUUCUCUAAAAUGUUCAAUUGUGAUUUUUAAAUCCUUUUGGAUAUUAGCAAGGUAUUAUAAAAAACAAUUAAUCAUAAAAAUCGAGCUCAAAACUUUUUAAACUAUUUUUUUUCUUUCUUAACUUGUCCAAAAUGUGUAAUUUUCAUUUAAACAAUUCAAGAAAUUUGAGUAGCAUACUAAUUAUUAAUCGUUAUGAAUGAGACACAACGAAUAUAUUUCAUUUAUUUUAAACGCCUUAAAUUUAUGCAAAGAAACAAAAACUUUUUUUCUAUCUAUGUUUUGCUUCUUUUAUAUCUCAUAGAAGACAAAAAGUGGAUCCAUCUCAACGAAGCAAAUAGAAGAGAAAAAACUUUUCGUGAACUUUAUAUAUAUUUGUGUUGAACUGCUUUUAUGCCCGAAUAAUAAUACACAAAAAAAUGAAAUAAUUUCUGUUUUUAAUUCUGUAUUUCUCACUUAAAAGAUAUAAAAUUUCACUCAUUUUUUUAUUCAUAUUAAAUCAUAAUAUUAUUGCUUGAAGAAAUAGGAAGAAAGAAUUUUUAUAAUCUCUGUGUCUCAUAAAAAAAUUCUUUACCUGAUUUUAAAUUUUGAAACCAGAAAUAAGAAUAAAAAAUGAAAUAAAAAAAAAUAUAAUAAUCAUUAUAUUAUCCUAAAAUUUUACUUGCUAGCUUUUAAAUCUCCUUGUUUUGUAGAAAAUCUUAUUUUAAUGGAAAUUGUAUGGACACAAACCUUUGAAAGCUUCUUAAUAAAUAGAUGAGAUUUCUUUGUGAAAAGAAAAUGCACUUCAUUUCCAUCACUUCCACCAGUUUAUUUUUUUCUCACUUAGUUAAGUUUUGUCUAUAAUUAUUGGAGGUACUUAUUCACAAGCCAAGCUAUACAAUUUUCACUAAAACUUUUCUUUACAAUCGUUCUUCUUCUCAACCAUUUUGAACUUUUUAUAUAGCUUUCUUCUAAACAUUUAUGUUAACCAUUUGCUAUAAUGAAAACUGCAAUAUUUUUAAGAGAAAAAGAAAUGAAAUGUUAUGUCCUUUUAUUGUUUGCAAUUUUCUCUCAUAACAUUAUAAAUUAUAGAAGCAAUACCCGUCCAAUGAGUUAAGAAGAUAAAUUUGAAAAUUAUUUUCCUGUGUUUUUUGAUUUUCUCGGGCGAACAUUGUUGACUGCUACUCAUUUGUUACAGACAGUCAAAUUUUUAACCAUAUUUAGUCGAAAUAUUGCGACUGAUAGUCAAUAGAAAAUAGUUAUAUUUAAACUAUUUCCGCUUCGAUUAAUAUUCUAAUAUUUUUGAAGUGAAACAUAGAAAACUGAAGGUUAUUUUUAAACAUAUAAUUUUUGUCAUUAUUAUUGCUAUUAUUCUUACGAUAUU